AGACAUUAGACACGGAGACAUUGUUGUCGUUCUUCGCAGACAUUUCGAUUUUGAAGACAAAUCACAAUGGGAGAAGCGCCUGCCCAGAUUCCGACGAGUUUCGGCCACGAGCUUAGGGCUUGUCUUCGAUGCCGCCUCGUCAAGACCUACGAUCAGUUUAGGGAUUCUGGAUGCGAGAACUGUCCUUUCUUCAAAAUAGAAGACGAUCAUGAACGCAUCGUCGAUGUUACAACUCCCAACUUCAAUGGUAUAAUCUCUAUGAUGGAUCCACGCAGAAGUUGGGCAGCAAGAUGGUUAAGAAUUGGGAAGUUUGCUCCUGGUUGCUACACUCUUGCUGUCUCAGAGGCACUCCCAGAGGAAAUGCAGUUCAUAUGCCAACAAGCACGGGUGCAGUACGUUCCACCCAAACGUAUUUGAAACCUUUUGCAGGUUGCAGCAAGUGUCUCCAUAUUAGCAUCUCUGCAAGUCGUCAGUUUCAAGACAACUUAGUCCGAUGGAGGUUAUGAAUGGAAGUAGUUAAGUUUUAUGUACUUUGUUUCUGAUUUCAACUAAUAUAGAGAGAUUUGAUCCUCUUAUUGUUAUCAAAAACUCUUAUUUGAUCCGGAAGAUAGAGAUAGAUUACAUUUUUUUUUUCAAGUAUGGAAUGGAUUUCUUUUCCUGUGAUAUUCAGUACAUUAUUUGAAUUACAAAAUGAAGAAACUUUAAAUUGAGCACCUAGCAGAAAUGUGUGGUACCAA